AUGCUUUUCUCAGAGGAUAUCACUGAACUCGUCAUUUCAGUAGACUUAAAAGAGCACUUGAAGAAUCAGAGACACACUUCGAGUCCCCUACAAAACUAAUAGGGAAAGUUAUCGCAUUGUCAUUUGAUUGAAGGUUAUCCCUCUCAAAUUCCCUCUGCGUGCUCUCCUCUCUCUUCCAAAGGCUCUUGAUUCUUCUCUUUUUCCCUGGAUUGUAAUCUUUUUCCUUCUCUCUGUUCCUGUAUUCAUGAGGCUAGGGGACUCUUUCUGAACCCAGCCUCCUUUCUCCUUUCGAAUCUUCUCACAUUUUCUCCAUUUUCCCUCUCAAUCCAUGCCCUGGUUUUCAGAUCUGGUCCCUCGGGUCGGUUCUCUCUCACUCUAUCUCCAGAUCUGGGUUUGAUACCCACGAUUGAUUUUCGGUUUCUCUUGCUUCUUGGCCUCAACUAUGAUAGCGGCUGCCAUGGAAGCCAAUGCCAAUGCCAAUGCCAGAUCCAUUUCAAUGCCAUUCAACGACCGGAGCGAAUUGCUUAUCCAGCUCUGUUUGGCUUCAACAAUUAACACAAAUUUCUCAUGGGUUAUUGUUUCGUAGAGAUUUUUUACAACUCAAUUUGAGAAGAAAAAGAAAGUAUGGAAGAGAGAGGCUAGGGGAGAGGUGGGGGAUCAAAGACGAAGAAUUGAGAGGGCUGUGCGAAGGUAAUUAUGUAAUUUUAUAUACUAUUUUGGAGUAUAGGACGGAAUUUCUUGAUGAUGACUGCGCAUCCUCAUCCACAAUUGAGUGGUUGCUAAUUGCCACGCAUCUUCGUUCCUGGAAAUAUCCUCUUGACUUUCGCAUUAACUUGCCUCCUACUUCAAGUUCUUUCUUCUCCAUAAUUGGCUCCAUCAACUUCUCUCCUCGGAAUCAGAAAGAAUCCGUCUUGCAAUUGAUACUUCCAAUUGAAUCAGCUUUGUCAUCACUGUCCAACUUCCUUUCUGCUAGCUGCAGAAAAUAUCCAUUAAUCAACCCUCUCUUUAUCGGAAAGAACAGGUUUGCAAUUGCAAUCAAGAUCUGUUGUACGCUUCUCUUCUAAUCUGCUUGGCCCAAUUUGAUUUUGUGUUCAAUUUCGUGAAUAUCUUCUUCUAAAUCAGCAGCCCUGCAGGUACACAACUUCUGACAUAUUAUUUUCAGUUAUAAAAUGAAAGUAAUUUUUUUUUUUUUACAUGGACUACACAAAAAGAGUAUAUUUUAAGUACUAAAAUUAUCUAAAUACUAUUAAUAAAAUUUCAUUCCAUAUUAAUUCAUUAAUAACGUACCCAGAAGAACUGAACUCAUCAAAUAAAAGGGUAUAAAAUACAAAUAAAAGUGCAGUCUAAGA